AUGAGUGAAGAAUCCAAUAUAGAAGUUCCUGCGGAACAGAGAAAUAAUCCAACUUCGGGUAAUAACCCGAACAACGAAUUAUUCCAACAUGGUGCGAAUUCAAGUUCAGCGAACACACCUGCCAACACAGAGGAGACCUUCAACCAACAAACUCCCGAACCUAGCACUAAUAAUACAAGAGUUGUAGUUGAAUCACCAUUUAGCGCCAACACGACUAACAGAUCCCUUAUUUAUGUGCCAGAUCAUUUACUAGAAGCUGUCAAAACAUUAAUUAAAAAUGAUGCGGCGCCCAAUAGAUCAAAUAAUGACACGACAAACCAAAUCAUAGAAUCAAACACUAUAGUACCUAUGGGAGUUCCCAAAAAUAAGUUAAAAUUACCACGAGGACCACCUAACACAGACUUUAUUACACUAGCAGACAAUACAGACUUUACACGCUCAAACAAAUUAGCAUGUGCUAGCUGGGCAUCCCUAAAUUCCCAUAAUGCAAAAAAUUACAAAAUUCCUUGGAACAACUUUCCUACUACAUACUACGAGUCCGCUAGAUUCAACUCCAAUACAUGGAAGAGAUUCAUAUCUCAGUUGACACCAAUGCCCUACCCAGUAUCAUCCCUAUCUGAAAUCGUACAAUUCAUAAAAUGGUACAAUAACUUCACUUACCGAACUCACGAAAAUGGCAUCCAUCAACUAUUAUUUUACACUGUCUUCUCUAAAAUAAAGAACUCGUCGCCAAUUGAUGAAGCUGAAAAUAGAGAAAUAUUGAAUAAUAUACUACCCAAAAUAUUCCCACACAAAAUGAAAGACAUAUCAGACAACACGUGUUCAUCCACAAUAUUCAGAGAUUACAUAGAAGAAGUAUUUCCAGCACACCCAAGCACCAUAGCUGUAAAAUUAUUGGACAAAUAUGUAAUAACCAAUAAUACUACAACCUCUGAUAUGCAAACUCAGAUAAACACAGCCCAAUCCUUCAGAUAUUGCGCAAAAAUGGACGCAAUACCAGAUAAAGAAAUAAUCCCAUAUUUCGAAAGAAAAAUCUCCGACUGCUAUGGGGAAUCAACGGCACAUUUAAUCAGAAAAUGGAUGAAGACUCCAAAUCUAACUAUGCAGGAGUUACUAGCAGACCUACACGAAUAUAUGAAAAUAAGUAAAAGAUAUAAAGUAUCAACGAACCCCAGAACAGAUUCAUUUCUACCAAGAAAAUUUCAAAUUAACAACAUUAAUCGAUACGAUAACACACGUUAUCCAAAGCGCAGAUAUAAUAACGGAUACCCAAACAGAAACAGAAACUACUCUCGUAAUAAUCAUCCCAAAUCGCGCAAUUAUACGAAUCAUCAAUCUCACCGCACGACAACUGGCAAUAAUACAACAAACCAAUCGAACAUCAACAAUAUAAAUCAGAAUAACACGAAUUCUAAUCCACCACAAAGUCGCCUAGCUGAUUUUCAGCCAUUCUUCCCAAACAACUCGAAUAUCAACUGUAUACCACAAUUAGCUACUACAAAAUGCCCACACAUCCUAAUCGAUGGAGGUGCACACAGCAGCAUCACAAAUGACAAACAAGCAGUAACCAAUUUUAUCCCAACUAGCGAACCAUUAAUAACCUCCGCAAACAAUACCCCAUUUAACAUAAUAGGUACAGGUACCAUAGAAUUAAACCUAAACAAUUACCAUAUAGCAAUACCAGUAUACGUUGCAGAAGAUGAUCUACCAUAUCCAUAUAUAAUAUCUGAAUACGAUCUGAGACAACAAAACAUAUACAAACAUAACACCCCAUCCGACACAUAUCUAGCGUCUUAUACACAUAACUUCAAAGAAAUCAAAUUGACCCCACACGCACGAGUGCAUGUACUAGAUAAAUCACAUAUCGAACAUAACACGUAUAGUGAGCAACUCCCCCCAAAUGAGAAACCACUAUCUGCACACUCUAUAUGCGCUCACUUUAGCUCCAAAAAAAUCAAAGAACUUCUUCAGACAACACGACCAUCCGUACAAAAUCUAUUACCUCGCACGUACAACGAAAAAAUACUGAAAACUUUAUCAGAUAAACAACAAUGUUCGUUAUGUUUACAAGCUAAAAUUCAUAAAAUAAACAAUAAAAAGGAAUUUCUGGCUAACGCAUCCCAACCAUUAGAAAUAAUAUCAAUAGAUUACAUGGAACUAGGUAAACAGCAAUAUUUAUGCUUAAUCGAUCACUACACGCGAUACCUAUGGAUGUUGUACACGAAAGACAAACAACAAACAGCAGUGCACCUACAAAAUUUUAUUCAAAAAGAAAUCAACAAUGUACCAUUUCAAAUACAAACAAUAUUUUCCGAUAACGCAUUGGAAUUCAAAUCAACUUCAGUCGUAAACUUAUUAUCCUCCUACGGAAUAAAACAAAAAUUCUCGCCAAGCUAUCAACCAGCAAUAAAUGGCAUCUGUGAAAGAAGUCACAGAACUAUAUUAAACGCGGCACGAGCAAUAUAUCUAGAAACCAAAUGCCCUAUAGAAGUAUUUCCUUACCUAAUUCAAUAUUGUGUGCAAUGGUAUAACUUAGUACCCCACAGCCACACGAAAAAAACACCAACUGAAUCAUUAUAUGGAAUCGUCAGAAUAACGAAAGCACUAUUCCACCCAUUCGGUUGCAAAGUUAUAUAUUACUCUCAUAGACAAUCACUAAAGCACAAACUAGAAACUAACUCUGCCAUAGGCAUCUAUCUAGGCUUUAAUCAAAACCAAACUUUCGCUUACUACGUAUUAGACCUUCAUUCACAGACUGUAGCAGAAACUAAUACUGUAUACUUUUUAGACCACAUCAUUGGAUUCCAAGAACUUGCAGCAACUGCGGAAAAACACCGAGAAAUAUUACAACUCCUAAAAGAACCAACUACAAUAAAGACUAUUGCAACUAUCAGUAAACCAACGACAUCCAUACCUACCUCACCAUCUUUGAGUGAAGCUGGUAAAUACAAUGAAUGGAAAAAUGCCAUAAUUAAUGAAUUACAAAAUCACAAAUCGUUUAACACAUUUGAAAUAGUUUCCACACCCUCUAAAGCAAAAUUAUUACCUACAAAAUGGGUAUUUACCGUAAAACGAGAUCGUGAAGGAAAUAUCAGCAAAUACAAAGCAAGACUUACUGCAUGCGGCAAUAGAGAUAUACCAUUAGACCCGGUGGAUACAACAUCACCCACAACGGACAUCACAUUACUAAAACUAUUGCUAGCAUUCUGCGUACAGUACAACUGGCACACCUUAACAGCCGAUGUAAAAUCAGCAUACCUCCAUGCAAAUAUCAACCGUGAUACAUACCUAAGAAUACCUAAAUAUUUAGAACUCCACUACAAUAUACCUAAAUCACAACAACACCAAUGUUUAAAACUCAACAGAUCACUUUAUGGACUAUCCGACAGCGGAAGAAAUUGGUUCAAAUAUAUUUAUAACACCUUAACUAACUUAAAUUACCAUCCAUUUAAAAGUUGCGACACUAUUUUCUAUAAAACCAUUGGCAAAAUAUUCAUCAUAAUAUUACUAUAUGUAGACGACCUAUUAAUAAUAACACCUAAUUCAAUGGCAAGUGACACAGCAAUAAAAGAAAUAUCCAGAACAGACAUUACAAUAGGCUCCGUAUCACAUUUACAAAAAUUUUUAGGAUUAAACUUUGAAAAACAAAAAGAAAAACUUUUCCUAUGGUCCACAUAUAAUAAACAUCAAUGGCUAACAACGCCAAAAUAUACUAACAAUCCAAGUCCAUCAACUUAUAUAACAAACAAAGAUAUUGAUCAAUACCAAAAUGACGAAAGCACCCUUAGAUCUAUCGUUGGACAACUUAAUUACGUAGCACUAUCAACCAGACCUGAUUUAACAUAUGCGACACAUUAUCUAUCCAAAACAAUAACAUUAAAAACUAGCCAUAUAUGGAAAUGGGCUCAAAAAGCAUUAUCAUAUUAUCAUACAACUAAAGAUCAACGAUUAUAUUACCGCCCAACAACACCAAGCGAAUGGAAAUUUACCAUAUACGCAGACUCUGAUCAUGGCUCAGAUCCUAUAACGCGAAAAAGCACAAGCGGAUUCAUCGCAUUUAUCGGAAACUGUCCAAUAUAUUGGCGAACACAAAAAUCAUCACGAAUCAUAACUUCAUCAACAGCAAGCGAAUUAUACUCUUUAAAACAAGCAAUAGAUAGUACAAAAUGGAUACAGAAUACAGCAAACGAAAUAGCAACAAUCACCAACACAAAAACAUUUCCUACGAGAACCAUUCAUCAAGAUAAUACUAGCACAAUAAACGCAAUGUCAGCAGAAUUCUUUCGAUACAAACAAUGGGAUAUUAUAUAUCGAUACAUCAAUGAAAUGGUGAAAAUGGGAGAAAUUAUAUUAAAAUAUCACCCAACAGAAGACCUAAUGGCAGAUGCAUUGACCAAACCUAUAGAUUCACAGAAGUUCUCACAUCACAUAAGGAAUAUGCAAAUUUCAUAA